GCAAAACUUCGUGCUCAAUCCAAAGGUGCUCUCACGAACGCUUGAGACGGCAAUUCUCGCUAGAGAACCCCACCAGACGCCAAAACACCAAAGCCAAGAAGCAUGGACCCCUCAAGACGAAAGAAACGUAGGCUGGAGGACGAAUGGGAGCAACAGGCCCAAGCUCUCCAGGCCGCCCCAACAUCUUAUUCCACAGCGAGUCGGAUUACCCCUCAAAACAGCUACAGCCACAGUUCACAAUGGCCAGACUCGGAGAGCGGCGUCAAUAUGAUGGACACGAACCAAGCGCACAAUUUUCUGGGGCAAGGCCUUGCUGAGCCCUGUGCGAGCGAAAUUCCACCGAAUUCCAAAAUAUCUACGGCCGGAGAUACCUUGGUGUGCUACGGCAUGGUGACAAGGUUUCACGGCAAGUAUACCAGGACGGCUAAUGACGCACACCAAGGGUCAAACGAGUUCCCGGUGGUUAUCGAAUCCAGCUCCAAGUUUACGGCCCUGUUCAGUCCGGAGUCGUCUGGAACACUGGGCUCCGAGUUUGUCGACGUUUUCGAGGAACUUCUCCGCCAGCCUAGCCUGAUACUCCAAGCCUUUUGCGCCGCCAGUGACGUGCAUUCUCAUCCAACUGGUCAGUCGAGGUUGCGAUUCGGACCAGUGGCUGUCCCGUGCUCCCUGUCCAUCAUCGUUUACGGGCCUUGGGACCUGUGCGAGGAUGUCGGCGAGUUCUUCCAAGAUCUGGACAUGUACCUUCAAGACCCCAGAGGCUGUGACAUGGAAGUCAAGUACUGCAACCCCCAUCGUCUCUCUUCGCUCAAUAUCGACAAUUGUCCAAUGACAUCCGACCCAAGCUUGACAUGUUUGAACCUGGAUCAGGACCUCUUUGAGAACAUCACCCAAGACAAUGACGUGCUUGGCAUUCUAGACGCUCAUCAAGAUCUGCCUGAGGCCCCACAGCCAGAGGUCAUACUCCCUUCACUCAAGAGGCAUCAAAAGCAGGCGCUAAGCUUCUUGCUCGAACGAGAGAGAGGAUGGAACUUUGAUCCUCGAUCUUCCGAUUUCUGGGAUCUGAUGCAGACGAGUCAAGCGACAUGCUUUGUGAACAGAAUAUCCAGCUCGGCUCACCGCGAUGAACCGCCCGAGUUUUGCGGUGGCAUCGUGGCUGACCCAAUGGGUCUCGGCAAAACCUUGACUAUGAUUGCCCUAGUUGCAACCGACAGGAGUGAAGGCCUCUAUAAUAACCCAAGGCCGGGCAUGCCGUCCCCAGUCCGCAUGCCUUCGUUGAUCCUUGUUCCACCACCGCUUCUCGACACAUGGAAAGAGCAGCUAUCCCAGCAUGUCAGACGAGGCGGGAUCACCUGGCGCCGUCAUUACGGAAAGGAAAAACUCACAGAAGCCGAUGAUUUGUCGCUGUACGACAUUGUCAUAUCCACAUACCACACAGUGACAGGCGACUGGGGUGGCGGGCACAAAGCCUCCAACAGCGUGUUAUUUUCGACAUGUUGGAAGCGGAUCAUCCUCGACGAAGCCCAUGUUAUUCGGAACACCCAAUCUCAGAUGGCCAGAGCAGUGUGCGCUCUUGAUGGGAGGUCGAGAUGGGCAGUGACAGGCACGCCCAUCCAAAACCGUAUCGGAGACCUUUCGGCGCUCCUCAAGUUCAUCCGAGCGCACCCCUACGACGACGCCAAGCAGUUCGAGCUGGACAUUGGACAGAUGUGGAAGACGGGAGACAUUGAGGAAGCAGCGAAGCGGCUCAAGAACCUGUCCAGCAGCCUGAUCCUCCGCCGGCCCAAGACGGUCAUCGACCUCCCCCCGCGCGUGGACCUCAAAUUCCCCGUCAACUUCAACGCCGCCGAGCGCAAGCUCUAUGACAAGCUCAAGCACCAAAUCAUCGCCCGGGCCGACGAGGCGUUCAGCGACGGCGAGCCAGGUGCGGCGUCCAACUCGUACAUCACCGUCAUGCAGCGGAUCAACGCGCUGCGCAUGGUGUGCGACCUGGGCCUGCACUACGACACGCGGCACGACCUGGCCCUCUCGGGAGAUAAGUCGUCCGGCGACGCCGGCGACUGGAGCAGGGUCGCGCAGCAGGCCUUCAACCUGCAGCGCGAGAUGGACCUGGUGGCGUGUGCGAGCUGCCGCGCCUCGUGCGACACGACCACGGCGCUGCUGGACUGCGAGCCGUCGCCCGUGCAGCCCGUCUUCGCGCAGUGCCUGGCGUUUCUCUGCAGCGACUGCGUGCAGCGCUGCGCCCGCCGCAACAAGCCCGUGACCUGUGGACACGGCACCGCGCACCCCUUCGCGCCCGUCUCGGUCAGCUGGACGGCCUUGGAGGAGAGCCGAGACCUGGCGAGCGGGGGUGGCGCGCCAGGGGGCGCAGCGUCGUCGCUGGCGCAGAUCGGGCUGUCCAGUAAAGUCAAGGCGCUGGUUUCGCAGCUUGCUCAUCUGCCCAGUGGCGAAAAGAGUGUCGUGUUUUCGAGCUGGAGAAUGACGCUAGAUCUCGUGCAAGCCGGACUGAAGCAGCAGAACAUCAAGUUCGUGCGCUUCGACGGCAAGGUGCAGCAAAAAAACCGGCAGCCCAUCAUUGACAAGUUCAGAAACGACGGAACGGUCCAGGUGUUUCUCUUGACUCUGUCUUGCGGCGCCGUCGGGUUAACGCUCACCGAAGCUUGCCGAGCCUACCUCGUGGAGCCCCAUUGGAACCCUGCUGUCGAGGAACAGGCCCUUGCCAGAAUCUACCGGCUCGGCCAACGAAGAAAGGUCACGACCGUAAGGUAUUUUGUGCGGGACACAUUCGAAGAGCGAGUCCUCGAUCUCCAAGAGUCCAAGCGGAAGCUCGAGGAGGUUCUGCUUGAGAAGAAAGGGCACGGGGCGCAGGAGGGGUUUGACCACCUGGAAGGCCUCCGGCGUCUAGUCUAAUCGUACUCUGCGAUCAAUCCAGCCUCACCAGUCCAGAACGCGGCCGUCAUACUGGUUCAUGCCGAGGUUCUUCUCCCAACCUUGGACGAGAAAAUUGAGCAGCUUACCGCUGGACGACUUGUCGAGCCUGU